ACUUCAGAUGAAAUUAACAGUAGUAUAUAAAGAUCUAUUGAAAAAUAUAUACAUUACCAGACAUUAAAACACAUAAUGUAAAAAUGCAAAAGCAAACAAAAUUUAAAUAGAGAUAAAAGGAAUAUACAGAAUACUAACUAAAUUCAUACCUAAGAAUGGUUGCUGGUUUGUUUUGAUGAUUUGGACUGAUAGUUGCCAUCAGUCACCAUCUGAUCUUCCAUUCUUGUCUUUUCCAAUUUCUGUUUUCUCUUCUUUCCCUUUCUUUCUCCUCUCUUCUACUUCCUUCCACACUCCAAAGUACACACAAAUCAAAUCAACUGAAUUUCGUUUGGUCUCUUUUCAGUCUAUCAUGGAUGACCCUCCCAAACACCGUCUCCUAACUCUCCUAAUCGCUCUCAAAGAAGCUUCCAAAGCCCUUCACACCAACACCAACCCUUUCUCCUUCCUCUUCUUAACAGAUUCCAGCGCCGCCAUUGACGAGCUCCUCGACCUCGAAGCCAAGGCCCACGCCGUCUUCUCCUCCGACCCUAACCUCCACAACCUCUCUCGCAUCCUCUCCUCCCUCCCAUCCCUAAUUGAUAAACUCCACAAACACCGCGGCUACUUCCCACGAUCCCUCCUCCAACGCCACCUUACCAAAUGCAAGAUAUCCCACCUCGCCAGCACCAUCCAAUCCGAAAUCCAAAAGUACAUCGACCGCGUCGCCGUUCGCGAUCUCGUCGACGCGCUGCAGGAGCCGCCGUCGCGGCACGACGAAGAACAGCGCCAGGUCAAGGCUCUCGUGGAGUUCCGGCAGAGGCUCUCUCAGGGCUUCGAUUUGGAGUUCCAGGACCUGGUUCUGCGCGCGAAGGUGUUCACGCUCUUGGAGUGCGUGCUGUUCGAGAAGUCGAAUUAUAGUUCAAAGCACGUGAAAGAGGAAGCGGCGAUGACCAUAGCAGCGCUGGUGAAGUUCAACAAGAACGUGUUCGUCGGGCUGGUGCUGAUGGGCCCCACCAUCAAGGCCUUGAUAGCGAUGGGUUCGGCGUGCUCCAUUCGCGUUCUGUCGUCGCUGAUUAAUUUCAUUCGAAGCCCCCUGAUUGAUGAGAUUCUGUGCAGCGGUGAGAUCCCUAAAAUCAUAGGGUUUAUGCGUUCGAGGGAAUUAGGGCUUCGCGUUGCGGCGUUGGAUUGCGUUUUGGAAUUGGGAUAUAUAGGGAGAAGGGAAGUGGUGGAAGCGAUGGUGAAAGAGGGAGUGAUUGAAAUUCUAAUGGACUUGCAAAGAGAGGGGUGCAGUGAGUGUGAGUGUGAUUUGGCUUUUGGGAAUUGCGUUUCUAGGUUUGCGAUUCAAGUGGAAGUGGGCGAGGGAUUAAGCUCCCAAGAGAAGAGAGAGAUUAAAUCAGAAAUACUGAAUAUUGUGAAGGAAGUUUCGCAAAGUGAAGCAGAGUUUGCGACUGUUAGCGCUGAAAUUCUGUGGGGUUCUUCGCCUUAAACUAUCCACGUUUUCUAUUCAAUACGUUUCUGAGAAUUUAUUCCUGUGUCCAUAUCAGAACAAUAAACCCAAGUGUCCCCAAAUAUUUCAAGGGAAUGAUUUCAAAUGCAAUGAUUCAAUCAGCUUCAGGUUUGGAACAUUAGUAUUGUUUUGAAAUUACUAUGACUUAGCUUAUAGGAAAUUGAUUUAAAUUAUUUGAAUCAUCUUUUCCUUUGUAUUUGUUUUGUGAAUUGAAGCGUGUGAACAGUUCAAUUGAAAUUUUGAUCA